AUGUUUAAGGUGAGUUUCAGUGGCCUGCGAGAGCGUGACGUCGUCAGUGAUCUUAAGAAAUCCCUUUUCUGCAUUUGGUUCCAGCUCGUGGUGGUCAUACUGUGCUUUGCCACGCUGCUAGUAUCGACCGGAAGUGCAUUGAAGAAGGACGAGUACGAGAUCAAUAUAAAGCACGGCACGUUUGUCGUCCACCAGCGCCGUGCAAAUGCCAAUAGUGUAACGAGCAACGAGAAUGGUACGCAGCAGCAACCGAAUGAACAGUUCUUGGGUGAGGGUCGUGAUCGAGAUGGAGAAUCGAGUGUGGACGAUAAGCAAGUGGAAGUGUCACGCAAGAACUCGCAGCAGCAGCAGCAGCAACAGCAACCGAAACCGAUAAAGAGCAUAGACUUUGAAGCCAUAUCCCCGGGGCUGGAGGAGGUGCCGUUGCAGGAAAGCAUUUUCCAAAGCAGCCAGGGGUAUGGGCGUGUGCGAAACCAGGGACCCACGGUAUCGUACCAAUCGGUCGAGCGUUACGUGAACGAUGAUGCCAACGAGGAAGUGGUGGCGAUCGUGAAACCAAUCAGUGCCCAAGACUUUUACAACACGCCGCAACUACGAUCAACGAACGGUGAGCGUGGUCCCGUACUAUUCCCGAUAGAACAAACUACAACGACGACGACGACGACGAUGGCGACACCAACGAGCAGCAAAGCACCGAGCAAGCGACUGAAAUCCAUCCCGAAGAGUGCCAUUCCGGAGAGUGAAGAGAUCUAUCUGCUGUUGAAGUACGAAGCUGCACGAAAGAAGGCCAGUGAAAUGGCAGGGAAUUCAGGUAUGGUGACCACUUCGGACGCAACAUCUUCUGCUGGCUCGCAAAAAACUCCUCAAGUGGAAGUUGAAUCGAAUGGUGACUUCCUAAAGAACGGUCUCCGAGCCGGUGGUAGCUUCUCAACCGUUGGCUACUUUGUAACGGACGAUCCGACGACGACUAUGAUGACUCCCGGCACAAUGGCCGCUUCCGCGAACAUGGCAAGUGAUGCUUCUCCAACGGAACCAUCCUCAGCGAGAUCGCGUGGACGCGGACGUCCUAACAAACUGCGCAACAGCUACGGAGACAUCCUGAAUGGUGAUUUCCGGGAUUUUGAAAAAUCUUUCCGACCGGUCACGGAGAACACGCAGGAGGCAGCCAGCAUGGAUGGAGCUGCUGCCGCUGGUGCUGCUGGUGAGUCAGAGGAUGGGGGUAACAGGGAAGAGAUCGACGCUAAUCUGGACAUUUCCGAGAUGACACGAAUUCUGGCGGGACGCAGUGGAGGACUUUCGAUUCAGGAGUUUAAUCGGUUGUUCAAAGAUUACCUCAAGAAGGAAAUAACCGUAGACGAUCUGGAAGAGUUCGUAAAGUACGACGCAGGGGAGGAACCGCCAGAGAAUGAGAAUGAGGAAGUGACCACCGGUGCACCGUUAGAGCAGGACCCAACCAAAUCGUUCGAUAUUAGGGCCGAGAAUGGGAAAAAAUCCACGAAAACAGCGAAUGGCAUUGCGACUCCCGCGCCGACUCCAAAGCAACAGGAACAGCUGAAGGUACAGAUCAACAAGGCACUCGCUGGUAAGGGUUUUCGUAAGGAUAAUAAGGUAGUCAAGAUUGGGUACGGUGGAUCAAAGUCCUUCCAAGGGGUGUACAAAUCUCAGAAAUUCUUAGAGAAAGUUAAGUCGGAGCGCGCACCCAUCUUGAUGGAUCCCAAAUUGUGGCGCGGGCUUGAGUAUAGACAGCAGUUGCCAAUGCGAGAGAUAGGAGCCAUGGCGUAUGUUGACAAUCCGGUGUUUGGAUUUGCGGGACCUCGACCGCAGCUUGCAGGGCCGAUGCGUGGACAGCUAGAGAUGAAACCACUUGUCGGUAGCCUACACGGUGGCCAGAGCUAUGUCAAGUUCCAGAAAAUCAGCUAG